AUGCCUCGCUCGUCCCUCACCUCAUCCUUCUCAAUCACCGACGCGAACAAUGAGGUUGUCUGUCCACUGCGUAACCAAGAUGGCUCUAGCUGCCGAAAACGCUGUAUCGGGGAGAAGAGGUACCGCUCUAUGCAAGAACAUAUCCGUCGAGCGCAUCCCGAGCACUACAUUGCCAAGCUGCCUGCGACCGAGGAAAGCUUCCUACUCAUGAUCAAUACCCCGCCGAGUGAGCGACCCCCAACCCAAUCGAGUUCGGGUCUCUCCCAUGUGAGCCAGACAAAGGGAACCUCGCACGACUUCCGGCACGAUGACUCCAACGGACCGGGAACUCCGCGCAGGCUCGAUGAGUAUUCUGGUACUGCUGUGUAUCCCGCUGCAGCUGCCCUAGCGCAGCUGCACAGCAACCACAAAAUAGACCACGGCUGGGAGUCAGAUGGCGAUUGGCACUCUGAUCAAGAAGGGGGAAGGAGGCCGAGGAGAUCUAUCGAGUUGCCGCCGAUCCAUCUAACAAACGCCGAUGUGACGAGCAUGCCAUAUCAGCGUGAAACCCUACCAUCAAUCAACUUGAACUCACCCCCGGGCCGCUCUUCGACGCUUCCACCGCUCCAUCGACCUCUUGGCCCAAGUCGACCUCGAAAGCAAUCAAUCUCAAAACGAGGCCAUCAAAGAAGAAAAUCCAGGGGUCCGGCCACGGAUUGGCUGCGUCGCAUCCAGAACAGCGGUCAGGCCGAGCUCUUGCGGCCUGGCGGUGGGGACAGAAAGGCUCUUUCGGCCGAGCCGACGGCGGACUUUGGUAAGCGUUGGGAGGAUCUGAUCGACGCAGCGGCCUCGGCGACGGAAGACAUCGAUGAGGACAGAACUCCAGUGAGUUUGAGAUCCCCUUCCAUGUUCGACCCUCGCCUGACGAGCCAGGUCCCUCGAUCUCCCGUAUCCCUUCAUCGGGGGUCUCUGCCCCCGUACACUCAAAACGCCUUUACUGGUUACCAAGCCUCCCCACUUCAACGAGCGCUUACGCCUCCGUCCUACAACCCUGAAGCCCCUGAACCGUUUCCGUCGGUCGAGAGCGGCGAUAGCGGAGAAAAUUUUCACAUUGAGUCGCGGGGACUGUCUGACUCGUCGCCGAGCUAUUCAUCCCAGAACACGCAGAUCUACUGUGCAGCCUGCCAAGGGGUCUCGUUGUUGAGGGAAUCCUACGCAUGUACCGAGUGUAUUUGCGGGCUCUGUCAGGCCUGCGUCGAUGUUCUGAUGGGUGAGCAGGGCGCGCGCAGGAAAUGCCCUCGAUGUGCCACGAUUGGGGGACGUUUCAAGCCGUUCCAGCUAGACAUCCGGUAG